AUGCUGAAAUACAAAUACUACUUAAAUGUUUUCCCUUUCUUUCAUUUCCCCUUCAUUUCAAAGGUUGAAAAAAAUGAUGACAUUGACCAAAAGAUUGAACAAGAUGGCAUUAAACCAGAAGAUAAAGCUCAUAAGGCAGCCAUCAAAAUUCAGGCUAGCUUCCGUGGACACAUAACAAGGAAAAAGCUCAAGGGAGAGAGGAAGGGAGAUGCCCCAACUACUGAUAUUGAAGGUGGAGAGAAGAAGGAGGAGGUCCUUGCCAAUGGUCUGGCAGAUGGCAAAACUGCUAUUACAGAAAUUGCUCCAACUGAGAAUGCCCUACCUGGAGGUGAAAGCAAAGGAGAAAACACCCCAGCAGAUGAGAAGCAGGCAGAUGGCGUUGUCAACAGUAGCUCAGAGCAACCUGUUCCAAAGGCCGCUACUCCGGCUACUCCAUUGGAAGAAAAGUCUGCUCCUGCUGCCACUGAAAGUGCCACUAAAGCUUCCACUGAUAAUUCACCAUCCUUGAAGGCUGAUGAAGCCCAAGUCAAGGAGGAACCCAAACAAGCCGAUGUGCCUGCCACUGCUGUCUCCCCUAGUGCUGCAGAAGAUGCUACUGCUAAGGCAACAGCACAACCCCAAACAGACACGGCAGUGAGUAGCCAAAAUGAAGAGAAAACAGAUGCUGUAGAAGAAACCAAACCUUCUGAAAGUGCCCUGCAAGAAGAAGCAAAAGAAGAGGAGAGCAAGGCGGACCAAGAAAAUGCCUGAACAUUAAGAAAUGACUUCCUCUUGCCCUUCCCUCCCUCCUUUUUCCUGUAUCUUCCCUCCCUUCCUAGUUUCAAUCUUUUCCCUCUUUCACCUGUAAAUCUGUCUGUCCUCGUCCCUUUCUGACCCUUCCACCUCUAUUCUCUCUGUGUGGCAAACAUUUAAAGAAAAAAAAAAGCAGGAAAAAUCCCAGUCAAACAGUGUGGCUUAAACAUUUUGUUUCUUGGUGUUGUUAUGGCGAGUUUUUUGGUAAUGAUGACUCAAUCAUUUUGGGAAAAUUCUUGCACUGUAUCAGAAUUGUUUGAUCUGCGCGUGUGUGUGUGUUUGUCUGCCCACCACGAGUGCGCUCUUUCUCUUGCCUCCCCUUUUCUCUAUUCCAAGUGUGUGUGCAAUGUUAUGUUCCUCUGAGGAGUCCAAAUCUAUUGAGUGAGUUAAGAGAGGGAAAAAAAAAAAGAACAAACAUUUUUCUUUUCUCCCCAUUUCAAUGUGAUGAUGGAAUGAACUACAGGAGACACAACAAACAAAGCAAAAAACAAAAAACAAAAAAAAAGAGAGAGAAAAGGGAAAAACACAGAAUGAGAAUACAAGCCCAGUUUGUUUAAUAAAAUAAAAUAAAGCAAAUGUGCCAAUUAGCGUAACUUGUGACUCCCAGCUCCUUUUUCAAAUUGACAAAUGAUAA